AUGCUUAAGAGAAAAACCCUUUUAUUAAUUGACACAAAUAAUUUUGUAACGCAGGAGGAGGUAGCUGUGCUGGCGCAUAGCUUAGCAGGCGCCGGGUCAAAGACAGUGAACUUGGCUCAGCUGCUGAAUAUAUGCACGGUCAACGCCCUAGGGCGGGUGAUGGUGGGGAAGAAGCUGUUUGCUGACGGCAGCGGCAGCGGCGACGCGAAGGCGGACGAGUUCAAGGAGAUGGUUGUGGAGAUGAUGGUGUUGGCAGGAGUGUUCAACAUCGGUGACUUUAUCCCCGCCCUUGAGUGGCUGGACUUGCAAGGCGUGGCGGCGAAGAUGAAGAAGCUGCACAAGAGGUUUGAUGCCUUCUUGACCGCCAUUGUUGAAGACCACAAGAAGAGCAGCGGCGGAAAGCACGUGGACAUGUUGACUACUUUGCUCUCGCUCAAAGAGGAUGCUGACGGUGAGGGGGCCCAGCUCACAGACACCGAGAUUAAAGCUUUGCUUUUGAACAUGUUCACAGCCGGUACUGACACGUCAUCAAGCACAGUUGAAUGGGCUAUAGCAGAACUCCUUCGCCACCCCAAGAUUCUGGCCCAAGUCCAACAAGAACUUGACCAAGUCGCGGGCCGAGACCGGCUUGUAACUGAAUUGGACCUACCCAACUUGACCUACCUCCAGGCCGUGAUCAAGGAAACCUUCCGGCUCCACCCAUCCACCCCUCUCUCGUUGCCUCGCAUGGCAUCUGAAAAUUGCGAAAUUAACGGCUUCCACAUCCCAAAGGGCGCCACUCUCCUAGUCAAUGUAUGGGCCAUAUCGCGCGACCCAGAGCAAUGGAAGGACCCACUUGAGUUCCGACCUGAAAGGUUCCUACCGGGCGGGGAGAAGCCCCAUGUGGAUGUUAGAGGGAAUGAUUUUGAAGUGAUCCCAUUUGGUGCUGGGCGCAGAAUAUGUGCUGGGAUGAGCCUAGGCUUGCGUAUGGUCCAUCUAAUGGCUGCAACCCUGGUCCAUGCAUUUGACUGGACCUUGGCUGAUGGGCUAACCCCAGAGAAAUUGAACAUGGACGAAGCAUAUGGGCUCACCUUGCAAAGAGCUGCACCUCUAAUGGUGCACCCACGCACAAGGCUAGCCCCUCAUGCAUACAAAGCAUCAUCAUCUUGAUUCUUGAGAGAGAAUUUGAGGUUUUAAUGCCAAUUUUAUGGUAAAUUUGGUGCCUCCUAGCUCCUACUAUUUCUGUUCCAUGUUUAGUUUGUAUGUUCAGUUAACUAGAAUAGUGGUUUUAUCUGAAUAUCCUAUCAACAAAAGUGGUUAGCUAUCCGUGGUUUUAAUGAAAAGGUGCUUGUAAGUUGUAUCAAAUCGAAACCCAUCAAAUAGGCUCCUCGCUCGUAUCAAUCAUUUUACUCAAUUUAUCCCAAAAUCUCAUACAA